AUGAAUCAACAGCAGGAGAAGCAAAUUCUGGCGAUGCCGAUGGACGAAAAAGAAAUGAAGACUGCUGUAAGUUUAUUUCAAAACUACUGUAUUUCUAAAAAUAUGUAAUUUUCAGCCAGGGUUUCUCAAGUUGCCAGAAAUUCUUGUCGAUAAGAUUUUCGAUUUAUUGGAGACUCGUGAAAUUCUAAAACUGCGAAGAGUUUCAAAUGCUUUCCGGAACUAUAUUGAUGAUAUGAAAUACAAAAGAAAGUAAGGAUUUGGUUUGGAAAUUAAAAAAAAAUAAUUGUUUUUCAGUGAUAUUUUCCCGUUUUGGGUUGAAUUCAAAAACGACACAUUUCAUAUCUACUGGACCAAAGAUGAUUGGAUAUUAAAACGGAGAAAUGGUCCUUACAAUCUUUAUGGUCCAAUGCAGUUAAAUUGGAUGUUGCCAAACACAAUAACAUUUGAAAAUUCAACACUUUUUGAAACACCUUUGAAGCUGGAGUGCUUCUUCGAGAAUGUUGAGUCGGUUGGUGUGAAAGCUCUUCCGAUGAAUCAUGUCGAUAAUUUAUGCGAGAAUCUGAAAUUUAUGAAGAAAUUCCAGACAUUUUCCAUUGAAGAUGAAACAUUCGAAAAUGACGUGGUCGUGAAAAUCAUUUUGACUUUGCCGGAUAACAACGUCGAUGUUUGGACCCUGAGCCUUUGUGGAAAAAGUUAUUUUUAUGAUAAAUCGAUAAUUGAUGCGUUUUUCAAAGUUUCAUCAAAUGUGCGUAGAAAUGCCGAUUUAUGUAUUAUACAACCACAAAAAGGUUACACAACUCAAAAAAUGUUGGAUCGCUGGAUCAAUGGCAUACGUUACUUUAUCAAAAAGCAAAACGUGAGUUAUUACAUAGCUUAUUUUGGAAAAUAAAAACCUAAUUUGGUUACAGAGCUGGAAAACAAAAUCAAUCAAUUUUCACUUUGACAAAGUCAAACAUUUUGAAAUUAUGAUUGACAAGAUUCAAGAGAAAGUUGCUGGAAAAUUGGAAAAUUUGGAUUUGGGUUGGGGAUAUUUUGAAUAUUUCUCAGACAAUUGCGUUAUUACGGCAUAUUGCUUUUCAAGCAUCAAAACCCGGAAUUUUGAACAAUAG